AUGGCUCACGGGCUCUGCUUCUCCUGCUGGCUGGCGGGCUGCUGGCUGCUGGUGACCGUGGCAGAAGGACAAAAAGAGGCAGUCACCCCUCCUGGAGGCUCGCUAAAUAAUGUGGAUCCUACAGACUGCCAGAUCUUUACCCUCACCCCUCCGCCUGCCACAAGGAACCCGGUGACAAGGAUCCAGCCCAUCACAAGGACACCCAGGUGUCCUUUCCAUGUUUUUCCAACAUGGAGGCCCAGGGUCCCCAUUAGGUUUCCAAAUAGACCUUUCCUCCCUCCAAGGUGCAAACACGGUUUUCAUUUCCAUCCAUUUUUUUGGCCCAACAGUCGUCUUACUCCACGUUAUAACUAUUUCCCCAGAAGAAGGUUCCGGAGAGGAAGCUCAUCUGAAGAAAGCAGAGGGAGGAGAGAAGCCCCAAGCCUGCGGAAGCAAAGGAAGUCAAUACCUCAGUAA